UGAAGAACAAAUCAAAUGGCUUGAAUCAAAUCCAAUGGCUGAAGUUGAUGAAUUAAAAGAACAUAAAAAACAACUUGAAGAAGUUGUAACACCAAUUAUGACAAAAUUAUAUGGACAAGGUGGUGGUGCCGGUGGUGCUGGUGAUGUUCCACCACAUUCUUCACAUGGACAUGAUGAUGAUAGUUUAUAA